CUGCCUUCUGGAUUCAGUUUGCUGGAAGAUCUGACUAGUGAGAAACAUGGGAGGUGGUAUGGGGGAAAUGCAAGGUCUUUUUUUUUAAAAAAAAAAAAAAAAAGUCUUGAAUGUAAAGUUUAUUUUCUAUUUAAAUGAGAAAUCUUUUUUAGUAGUAGCUGUAUUAUAUAGUCAUCUAAUAGCUGACACAAUUUCUUCAGAUUGAACUUUUCUUGGCACUUUUUCUCUAUGCUUUUUGACACUUGAAUGUGAUGCUCAUCAGGUGUCUUCUUGGAAGCUGUCAAACCACUUAAAUGAGUGUGAAUCUGACAUUUUUAGAUGAUAGUGUUCAACAAGUGCCUUGAAAGGAGUGGUUUUGGGAUGUUUGCUUUGAUGGACACUAUUCGGGCUGUUCAAAACAGAGAUUUUGAGCUGUUUGACUUGCACCGACUUACUGGAACUCAAUUCAAUAACCAUAAAGGUUCUUAGAUGCUCAGAAAAAAUGUGUAAUAAGAAAGCUUAACUCAACAUUACAAACCAAGGUGCAACAAAGCACUCUCAAUGAGAUCCGAAAGUUGUUAAUGACAUACGCUAAUACUCAGAAAUUCUACUUCCCUCCCAUUGCUAAUUAUCCUACAUAUUGUCACAUCCAGAGAGUUUGUCACUUGGGUUUUCUUUAUUAUAAAAUUGUAGCUUUUUUUAAAGAUUCGCUGAGCUAUUCUCCUAACAGAGGAACAUUGCUUCUUGAUUGUUGUGUUUGCUGUGAAGUUGCGCUCAGCUGAUACCAAACAUACUGCAAUUGCUCCUGGACUGGAUGCCAAGGGCAGCCCUUGCAAGCACAGAGCUCAAAGAGAGCAGAGCAGGGGCUGCUCCCCCAACGUGCAAAAGAAAACGGGAACCGUGCAAAUUAUCUGCAGUUGCAAAAGAGUCUGUGACUGAGCCAAGUGUUUAUUCUGGACCCUGUGUGAUAUUUCCACCUCACAGCCCCUUUUCUUACAGGCAGUUCUUCGGCACUGACCCAGCUGCAGGAGGUCUGGGGGCUCUGGCCACAAGUGCUGCACAUUCCUCUCCUCAUGGACCCUGAGACUGAGCCCCUGGGACCAGGCAGAACAGGUAGCAGCAAACUGGGAGCACAGCACUUCCCUUCUUACCUCCUUCUCUCCAGCCAUAAAUGAUACAGGAUUUGGCUUGGGCAGAUUGAAAGAUAUAAUGCUUGUGGAUCACUAAGGAAAAUAGCUUUCAUGAAUAUUUCAAGCAUUUUGUAACACUGGAAGUGACAACAGCAGGAUAGAGAAGCUGAUUGUGCAGAAACAGAAGCCAGCCUACCUCCAAAGGUCAGAAGGACAAGAGAUGCGGCGGCAGGAGCAGUCAGCCCGCUCUGCAGAGCUGUGGCACCCGGCUGAAGCGUUGCCAUGAGAGAACCGCGGCAAAUACUUCAGAUGUCUGCAAUGGGGAAACCAAUUGAGCUCAGCCCUGUGGUCUCCAGCCAAGUGGGAGCAGAAGGUUAAGGGCCUGUAAUCAGGACUGAGAGAUCUUCACCCAAGAGCCGAGCCUGACAAGACGGCAGGCUGCAGUGACAGGAGCAGCAGGGGUUUGCUGCGUGUUCACUGUGAGGAGACGGGCUCUUUGCUGAGCAUUGGGCACGGGCUUUGCGUGGAGAGGCCUCUGGAUGUUCGCCAUGUCAGAGCUUUGGGCCUCCUGUGGAAUUAACAGGUUCACUCAGCUGCAUACAUGGCCUAAGGGUUGCUGGAGCCUUUCAAAAAAAUCAGGGUGCAGAAAAACACAGGGACAGAAGAGGAGAAGAGUGUGGCUGGGACAGGACAACCCGAGUGAAGGGAGCGGCGGUGCCAGUGGCCACAGUGUGGGACUUGACACACAGACGGCGACAAGUGUCCCCCCCGCAAUGGUCCCUGUCUGCUGAAGAUGGUCAGAAGCACUCGCUGACUUGGCCAGACCCCCAAGGGGUUGCUGAUGGCCACGCUGGACGGGGCCGUUUUGCUGCAGCCGGUGGUGCAGUCAGGGCCGAACGUGCCGGCGGGCACAGCUGUGACCUCCCGGGAAGGUAUCUGUGCUUUUUAUGACCUAGGGCUGACGCAGAUUAAUGUUUUGCAAGAAAAAGGGCAAGCAAAGAGUUCAGAAAGCAAGCGAACAGAGGAACCACCAGACAUGCUUCCGAUUGAGGUCCAGCAAGUGACUCCAUCUGAAGAGGGGAACAGAAAGGAGCUGCUUUUCACUCUUGGGGAAAAAAAGAGGCAGAGCUGCAAAGCCAGUCAUGAUUUCUCAGACACAUGUGAUGAAGGUGAAGAGCAGCAAUAUGCAACUCCACCAAAACAGAGAGUUGUAAGAAAUCCCAAGAGUCCAGAAUUUCAGAUUUGCACUCAACGUUGGAAAAUAGGAGGCAAAACGGUUUUCAGCUGUGGUUUGUGCACAUUCACCUCUCUCAGAACAUCAAAUCUUAAGCAUCAUGUGAAAACCCAUUCUGAUGAGAAGCGUCAUGUGUGUCACCUCUGCCUUAAGGCUUUUCGUACAGCUGCUGUCCUGCAUAACCAUGUGAAUGCACAUACAGGGACCAGACCCCACAAAUGCAGUGACUGUGACAUGACAUUUGUGACCAGUGGGGAGCUCUCACGACACAGGCGUUACAAGCACACUUUAGAAAAGCCUUUCAAGUGUUCACUGUGCAAAUAUGCUAGUGUAGAAGCAAGCAAAAUGAAACGACACUUUCGCUCACAUACAGGAGAGCGUCCUUAUGCCUGUGACCUUUGCAGUUACGCUUGCAAAGAUGCGUCUAAACUGAAAAGGCACAUGAUAACUCAUUCAGGUGUCCACUUGCGCAAUCUGCAUCCCUACAUGGCAGUGGCAAUUCAAUGCAGUUCCUGUGAAGCUGUUUUUCUUGAGCGCUAUGUUCUUAUUCAGCACAAGAAGACUCACAGAAACGAAAAAAUAUUCAAAUGUGAUCAGUGCAGCUACACAUGUAAGCAGAGACGAUGCUUAAUUGCACAUCAACGAACCCACACUGGUGAGAAGCCCUUCACUUGCUUGUGCUGCAGCAAAAGCUUUCGACAGAAGCAGCUUCUCACUCUCCACUUUAGGAAGCACCGUGAUCCUAAUUCUAAGCCAACAGUUUAUGAAUGCCCUAGGUGUGGUAAGGGCUAUUCACUCCAGAAUAAUAUGCAUAAGCAUGCUGAAAAUUGUGGACUGGCGAGGGCAAAAACUGCUACACCCAGAAAAAGGAACAAGGGCAAAAAUAAAACCCAUGAGAACCCAAAGCGUGUGAAGCAAGAAGUUGACCUGGAAUCGUUCCAAGAUGUCUCCACUGUGAAAAAUCAACAUUGUCAGUGAGUUGGAUCCUCUUUUAAAUGGAAUAGAAAUAGCAGCUCCAAGAGAACAGAAAACAGAAGUGACUUGUGAAAUGAUUCUCAACAUGAUGGACAAAUAACUCUCGAACAGACUCUGGUCUUCCUCGUUUUCACUGGCUGUAGCUGACCAGAUCAACGUGUGUGACUGUGUAUAGUUAGAAAGCUGUAGAAGUCACUGGUUGAAAGCUGUUGAAACUCUUCUGUGUUCAUUUCUCAUUUUGUUGCAAUUUCUACUGUGUAACCUAAACAAUAUUGCUAAAGUGUGAAAGUUAUAGGGAACCUUCACAUGUUUUAUUACAUAUGUGUAAAAACAGAAUGAAGAAAAAAUUAGCUGAUUUCAGAGUAAUUUAUGAAAAAGUAGAUAGAUUUGUUUCACCUUGCAUUUCAUUUUUCUCCCAGAUGUACUCACCCAAUUGCAUACUGAAGUAAAUUUAUUCCUUGGUAUCUCUAUAGAAUUGAGAGCUGCAUGAACUUCAGUCUAUUUGUAGUUUCCUGAGGUAAGCAAGUGAAAGGCAAUGAUUUUUUAAGGCAAGGAGCACUUAGUAAUCUCCUUUCUGCAAACACAUUCAUUUCUAAUAGAAUUCACGAUGCUAAAACACGAUUUUGCAGUAAAAAAAAGGCACAGGGUUUUAUGCCCCAUACUUCUAGUAAUCAUGUCAUGUUAGCUCCAUUCUCUUUCCCCCAGUGGUUUUCAACAGGUAUAACAUCAUUACCUUCAGAAGAGUUCCUUUAGUUUUACAUCAGCAUGGAAAACAGUAGCAGAGGAAGGUCACUUACUUUUUGGCUUGUUAGAUAAGUUCCUGCAAGCUUUGGGCUCCGUUUUCACAGCUGGAACACCUGCCUGUCCUGUCUUCUUCCCCAUGUCCUGGGCAUAAUUUUCUUUCAUCCCUUUUGCUUCAGCUCUGGCAACCCCCUGGCUGUAGGGUGAGUUGGAUCAGCACGCAGAUCUAAUUAGAAACUAAUCUGUUCUCUUGUCUGAGUUUGGGUCAGAUCAAUUAGCUGGACAGACUUAGAGCUGCACGAUCGUUAGAGCAGAAAAAGUGUGUGCUGGUGUCAGAAAAGUGCAGGUUCACUCUUUUCUGCGAAUGCAAAACCUUCUGUCGCCUGAAACUAUUUCCUGAGGGCAGGUGGUAGCUGUUUCCAACCUCACCCCUUCCCCUUUAAAGAGCCUUCUUGCCCAUGUAUCCAUGUAAGACUGGGAUCAUAUAUUUGGCACUAGAUCCGUAACACACCCAUGACUCUGAUUUUAAUUAGGCCUUCAAUAAAGCACACUUGUAUUAUUUAGGAGAGUUCAUGUUCAUAGUACAUUUAAGAAUUGGAGAAAUUUUAACUAUCAGAUACAAUUCUCUAACUUCAUAUACGUUUUAAGAGCUACUGGUUUUACUGCUUAGUUAAUAAUAUAGUUGGAGUUAUUACAGUAGUUACUGUGAUUUUUACGAUUAGUUACAAUGAUCACAAUUCCCAUUUAUGCACUCUUUGCUCAUUUUUUUGUCAUUUAUAAUAAAUACGUGGAAACAUGUUGAAUGUUUUUAAAGUAUUUAAGAUUUUAACCUUUAAUGCUGCUAUUCUGUGAUUCAUUACAAAUAAGGACUAGCGUUGCCAACCAUUUUUUAAGAAUAUCAGGUCAUGUAACAAAUAAUUUUAAUUAAAAUGCCAAACCCUUAUCCUAAUUUCAAGAUUAACAUCUGUGUUUAACUUCAUUAUAAAUAUAAUACAGAGCCCAGCAAGUAUAAGAUAGUUUGGGUUUACAUGCUGAGCAAGUUGUGUUUGCUACUUACGCUCAUGCAGUCAGGAGCAGUAAAUUUUGCUCUGCACUGUUCGUUCUGGAUUAACUGCAGUUUGAGGUCUAAAUACUGGACGUUUUCACUUUUGUUACUUUGAAAAGUCUGUUAAAAAUGAAAGCUUAGGGUAUGUCUUCUUUUCCCAGUUAGUAUAUUAAAUAAACAGCUUUAUCCUAUACUUGAAAACGUCUACAUGCCGGCUCUACUAGGAUAACUUUUUUAAUUUGGCAACUGUUCUGCUGCCAGUAAGACCCAAACUGAUGGUGUGCUCAGGAGCUUCAACUGUCCUGCAAUAUCCUAAGUAUCUCUGUGUACAUGGUUAGGAGAUAAGGGUGUCAGGCUUAGCAAGAGAUACUUACUCUCUUAGAGUGAUAAAUGACCCAACUUUAGAAGACAGGCACCACUCUGCACUAGAGGGGCCUCAUCAAGACCUGAAUCAAUCAGCUCAAUCAAAUAUGUGAACAGGAAUUACCACUGUAAUAAUAGAAACCCCAUUCACUUUUGUAGCCUAUGGUUUAUCAAUCACUGAGAAGUCAGUGUAUUUGAAUUUAUCAACAUCGGCUUGGUCCUCCUUCCAUUAUAGUGUGUUCUUUGAGUGUUUAAUAAAGAUUCAUAAUUAUUGUUUUGUGUCUGUUUUCACAAUGGUAACGUUUAUCUGGUUUUAGUAAGUUAAUGAUGUGUUCUGAGUGCUUUGUCAAGGAUACUUUUGACCAUGAUAAUUACAUAAAUAGUAUUGUUGACUUCUUUCUUGUUGUGCUGUUUCCGUCCGUGCCAUAAGUUCUAAGCAAAGGAUUUCUUUGUUAAAAUGGAUUUUGGAAGUUUUAUAACUUAUUUGAUCCAUUUUCUGACUAUAUAUUGUUAAUUGGAACUGUUAGUAAUAAAGCUGACUCAUUUUGUGUUGACAUCUGAAAA